AUGUCCUCCUCCUAUCUAUCCUCCUUUUCUCUGCCCUCACCCUCCGUCCCCUUCCUCUCUGUCCUCUCCUCUCUGUCCUCAUCCUCCCUGUCCUCCUCCUCUCUGUCCCCUUCCCCUCUCGUCCUCCUCCUCUCCCUCCCUGUCCUCUCAGCUCUGGCCUCCUUCUCUUCUCUCUGUCCUCCUCCCUGUCCUCCUUGUCUCUCGUCCUCCUCCCCUCCCUCUCUGUCCUCUUCUCUGCCCUCUCCCUCUCCCCCACACGACUCAGAGACGAGCUGCGGCACGGCUCUAAAAAUACCUCUUCACCGGACAGGCAGACAUUUUGAAGAGAGAGAGCUGGGAGCCGCUCCCACAGGAAACCCCAGAGCUGUGGGCAGGUCUCCCAGAGGCACAGAGGGUGGGUUCAGGGAGGGCCACGCCGUACUCCUGCGUUGUGAUUGGCUGCUUCCCCUCUCCUUUUAUGGCGGUCCGGUUCAGACUGGCCCUCUCUCCGCUGACGCACGCCCUCGUCACGGCGGGAGCACACCUGGACCAGCGCGCUCGCUUGGACACCACGGCAGAAUGGGGAACCUGCUCAAGGUGUUGACCAGAGACCUGGACAGCAGUGGGUGUAACUUCUUCCUAGACUUUGAGAACGCCCAGCCUUCAGACGCAGAGACAGUCACAUGGGAACAGGUGAAGCUGGUGCUGGAGGAGGGCCGCCUGGUGCUGGAGGAGCUGCAGAUGUACAGGGGAGCGGGAGAGGAGAUCCGACAGGCCAUCCAGAGACCCUCGGUGGACCGGCUGCAGCAGAAGGCCUGGGCUGCUGUCCUCCCACUCGUUGCUAAACUCCACUCUUUCUAUGAGUUUUCUCUGAAACUCGAGUCCAGCUGGCGCCUCCUGCUGGACGUUCUGGUCUGUGCAGAGGCUCCUCCCACUCAGCAGCUGGAGCAGAAGCAGGCUCUUGCUCAGCAGGUGGCUCACAUCCUGCACUUCACUCUCCGCUUCGACGAGCUCAAGAUGACCACUCCGGCCAUUCAGAAUGACUUCAGCUACUAUCGACGGACCAUCAGCCGCAUGAAGAUUAACAAGCUAACAGGAGAAACCCAAAACGAGGUCAACAAUGAGCUAGCCAAUCAGAUGUCUUUAUUUUACGCCUGUGCCACGCCCAUGCUCAAGACUCUGAGUGAUGCCACCAACAAGUUUGUCGUGGAGAAUCCUCAGGUUCCUCUGGAGAACACCACAGACUGCCUGAGCACUAUGGCAAGUGUCUGCAAAGUGAUGCUGGAGACGCCAGAGUACCGCAGGCGCUUCAGCUCAGAGGAAACCGUGCUGUUCUGUCUGCGCGUCAUGGUGGGAGUGAUCAUCCUGUUCGACCAUGUUCACCCCAGAGGAGCCUUCGCCAAGACCUCCAACAUUGAUAUCAAAGGCUGCGUCAGACUUCUGAAGGAGCGGCCACCAAACAGCGUGGAGGGCCUUCUGAACGCGCUAAGGUACACCACCAAACAUCUGAACGACGAGACGACACCCAAACAGAUCCGGAGCAUGCUGCAGCCAAACUAA